GGCUCUAAAAUCCUGAAAGUCAAUAAUAAAAAAACAAGUGAAAUCGUGCAAGUGAGCACAGAGGAAAAAAAGUUGUGGAUUAAUAUGCUAGAACAAGAUCUUGAUUUAUUCAAUCAAGUGAACUACAUUGAUAAGAAAAAGGAUCUGAAAAAAAUACAGGCUCGCGAAAAACGUUUAAAACUCGCGGAAAAAAAGAAGGCCGACUUUAUCGCUCGCGAAAAACGUCGCGAACUAGCUAAGGAAAAACAAAGACAAUUUAGAGCUCGCGAAUCAGAAAAAAAUCGAUCCAAGGACAACACAUCGAAGGAUAUCAUCCCUGAGCCCAUGAUGGAAUUGGAUUCAUCGAUCGAGAUCAUUCCCAGCACUCCAUCAGUCAUCAAUUUAAUCCUGGAACGCGAGGGUGAAGAUGCUCAGCAUGGAUCAUUGAAUUUCGCGACCUCAACCCCGAAAAAACCGCGAAAAACUAUCGAGGAAAUCGAGGCCGUUCUAGUCGCGUUGGGCGCGAAUCUAGAACAAAGGAAUCGCGAGGACGAUUACGAAGGGCGAUGGGCUCCAACGCAGCGCCAAAAAGAGCUUGAUCAAAUUGCGAUGCAAUUGGAUCAAAGCGGGGAUGAUGAUGAUGAAGGAUUGGUCAUCCAGAGUCUUGAUUUCACCCCGUUAUCACCCAGUAACCGUUCGGCUUAAAAAUUUAUUAAACAUUUUUGUAUUUUUUUGGAUAGCUGAAAUAAAAGUCAUACAUUUUAUUGCAUUACCUGUGAGUCUUGACUUUUUUUUAUUGCU